CGUACGUACUCUUUGUACCACAUUUUGAUAACUACAAAAUUUAAAAACACGUGAAAUUUCACGUGUAAACAUCAAAAAAACUAUAUUUAAAGCUAGUAGCUUUAUUAGCUAUUGGUCUAAUUGUCUUUAAGUCUCACUAUCUAAAUAAUUAUUAAAAAAUGCCGAAAUCAAAACGAGAUAAAAAAGUUUCACUAACCAAAACAAACAAGAAAGGACUCGUUCUUAAACAGAAAAUAAUCGAAGAAAUUCGUAAUUCACUAUCAAAAUAUGAACACAUUUUUCUGUUUACGGUGGACAAUAUGCGUAAUACUAAACUGAAAGACUUGCGAAGCGAAUGGAAGGAUUCAAGAUUUUUUUUUGGAAAAAACAAAGUUAUGGCAGUUGCAUUGGGCAGGACGAAAAGCGAUGAAAUUGAAGAUCAAUUAAAUUUGUUAUCAAAAAAAUUAAAGGGCCAGUGUGGCUUACUCAUGACUAACAGAAAUGUCGGGGAUGUACUUCAGUGGUUUAAAACCUACAGAGCAGCGGAGUAUGCCAGAGCUGGUUUCAUUGCAACACAAGAUGUAAUACUACCAGAGGGGCCACUUGAAAACUUUUCACACACAAUAGAACCACAUUUACGUAGGUUAGGACUUCCUACGUCUUUGGAGAAAGGUGUCAUCACACUCAUCAAAGAAUAUCAGAUUUGUAAAAAAGGUGUAGCAUUAACACCAGAACAGGCAAGUAUAUUGAAACUUCUCGGCAACCAAAUGGCUAAGUUUAAGCUUGAAAUCAAAUGCCAUUGGACCAAAGGCAAAGGAUUUCAUAAAGAUGUUGAUGUGCUGAGUGAUCAGGAGAGUGACAAAGACAGUGAUAAUGAAGAUGAUAAUGUACUCCAAGAUGAAGAAAUGGAAGAAGAUGAAACAUGAUACAAUAUGUUAAUAAAUAUUUUUAAGUUUAAUUAAAUUUGAGGUUUUUUAUUA